UGGUGGGGUGGUGGUGGUGGUUUUGAGGGUGCUGGUGGAGAUGACGGGGCCUAAACCUACCCCCACCCCCAGCCGUCAUGAGAAAUGUUUCUGGUCACCUAUCAAGUUUCCUUCUUGGGGUGCCUGACCCAGUGGGGACACAUCAGAGUAGGCAGGGGGGAAAGUGACCGGUGCCCUCGUGGCCACCGACCACAGAGAGGUGCCGGUGCCACGACAGGAGCGUUCAGAGAGCUGGGCGGGGCCGCUGGGGCCGUUGGUCACAUACGAGUGUACCCACAUUUGAAUGCUCUUAGCUAAGCUGGGGCCAUACCCCACACAACCUACUUACGUUCCUGGGUUAGCCCAGAAGAGCAUAUCCUAUGGAAAAUGUUUUUUUGCAGAUCUAAACAACCGACAGUUCUCCAUAAGUAAUGCAGGGACUGCUUGUAUGAAACUUUGACUUUAUGACGUAUUGCUCUGUAAUUAUUCACUGAAUUAUUCAUGUAUUCAACAAACGUUUGAAUAUCGAAGGAGUGUUUUCGUGUCUCUACCACUAGAAUCUAAGUUGACGGUGAAGCUGUCUCAUUCAUUCUGAACCACUGCUGCAGCAAUAAAUACUCUCCUUUGCUCACAGGAAUCACUCCUGAAAAGAACUUAAUGUCUGGUACUUCCUAUAUCAUGAUUUCACUGAAACUGGUCUAUUUUGCCUAUUCAAGGAAAACUAGGUUUUUAAUUUUAAAAUGACAGUCUUUCAGCAGUGGCAUCAACAUUAUAUAAAAGCAAAAGCAGGAAGAUUCCCUGAAAUGUCUUUUCCCCACCUCUGAGCUCCAGCCAGCUUUCUCCUCCGACACUGGACUGCAAGGCCGGCCCGGCCAGAGGUACCACCCGCCGCCGCCGCCGCCUGGCCCACCAUCUUAAAGGCACCGAGAGGCUACUCAGGAUUUUCUCUCCAACGUGCAAGGACUCCGCCUAGGGCUUAGGACACGCCCGGCUCUCCCCGCCUCUGGUGGAUUAAAACUAGCCCCUGGCGGUGGAAGGCCAGCUGGGGAGCCUCGCCCGGUCCAGUCGCUCGUGACACCAGCCGGGCGCAGCGGCUCCUCGCCCCGCCGCGUCCUCGGCCACCGCGCUCGGCUCCUUCUCCCGCCGGCGCGUCUGGCUCGGCGUGGCCCGGGCGGACGGUGCUGUGCCCGCCGAGCCAGGCGAGGAGACCCGAGUCGGGGCAGAGCCCCCGGCCCCAGAAGGGAGGGAGGGAGGAAGGAGAGAGGGGUGCCUUGGCGUGAAGCCCUGGCUGUGGGCGCCGGGACGUGAGGAAGCCGGAGAUGCUGCGGCCGGACCGAGGGCGCUGACGACCCGCCGGCCUGGCAGCACCAUGCCGUUCCCGCCCCUGCAGCCGCCGCCGCCCACCCCCGCCCCGGGGGUCCCUGCCGCGCGCCCACCGCCCCGGAAGCCGGGCGCCACCCGCAAGGCGGCCGUGCCCGCCUGCGCCCCGCCGGGGCCCUUGCCGCCCGCCGCGGCCGCGGAGAAGAGACGGCCCCCCGAGCGACCCCCGGUGCUGCUGUCCAGCUCCUGGCCCUCCGCCACCCUGAAGAGGCCGCCGGCCCGCCGCGCCCCCGGCCCGGCCUCCCCGCGCGCCCCGUCCCCGUCCGCGCCCGGCCGCCCGCGCGCCCCGGCUCCGUGCACGACCCGGCCGGCCGGCUCCGGCGACGGCCCCGCGGGGGUCGCCACCUCCGGGGCCGGGCCCGACGCAGCCCUGCGCUUCUCCCUGAGCCUCACGCCCGAGGCCGUGCUGGUCAUCCAGCGGCGCCACCUGGAGAAGCAGUUGCUGGCGCGGCCCCGUCGGGCGGCGCCCGCGCCCUCGAACGACGCCGGGCGCCCGCUCGCCCCCUGGCCCCGGGCCCGGGCCGCAGGCCUCGGCCGCCGCCCGCUGCUGUCCGGCGGCCUGCAGGGCCCCGACCCCGGCCCACGGCCCGCUGACCUGCGCCCGCUGCUCAAGGUGUCGCUGCUCAACGAGCGGCACAAGUACGACGACGUGGAGUACGAGGAGGAGGUCGCGGCCGCCGACGAGGGCCUGGUGCGAAAGUGCACCGAGUGGCUGCGCGGCGUGGAGUCGGCGGCCGCCGCGCGCGACCGGGCGGGGCCCCUGGACGCGCUGCCGCACCUGAGCUCGCUGUGACCGCGCCCUCGGGGAGACUCGGCCUCGCUGACGCCCCGCGCCCCUCCCGGGAGCCGAGGGGCCCAAGCGGGACGCGGCCCACCUCCCUCGGGGGCGGACGGCCGCCGACCUCUCCCUGCCGCACGCCGGGGCCUGUGGGUCUGCCUUCUGCACCUGCGGGCCUCUUCCACGCCCACAGGUGUCCUCGGGGCUCGUGGUGGUGGGGGGGAUGAGAGGGGAUGAAGGUGUCUCUCAGCUCCCACUCCUAAGGUUCGCGUAGGUCCCGGAGACCCUCCGCGGGGAGCGGGCCCCCGUCUGUGGGUGUCGCUCUGCGGGUGCGCUACGCCAGGUGCCCUGGUCCGAGCAGUGGGUGACAGCCACGUGUGGGUGCGGGGCGAACCAGGAGGGUGGCCGUCUGGUGCAGAGCUGGACAUGGUGCUGCACUUAGGAUUUUGUUUCUGCUGAGUAGGAACAUGUCCCGGGGACUGGAAGGCCUGGGGGCUCAAGUGAACCGAACUUCCCAACGGGAAGGGGGAGGGUAGUGACCACCAGGAAGGUCCGCCUGGAGAGUGGGCGCUGUGACGGGCACAGUGCUCGGUGGUCACAACACUGACUCGUGGGGGCUUUCGAGCCCACGUACACACUUACACACGCACACUCACAUGCUUACACUCACACACACGCACUCAGCUCUCACACUCAUACUCGUGCUCUCAUGCACACUUACACACCUCACACUCAUGCUCCUACAGGCACACAUGCUCUCACAUCCUCACACUCACACUGGUUCACAUGCAUGCUCUUGCCGGCAGUCCUGUCUCCACUCACAAACCUCACACGCGCGCGCACACACACAAGGCUUUCUGAAGCACAGCUGCGGGAAUUGUUUUCAGCGUCUGGGGUAAGGUGUGAGCCGGAGCGAGGCUCAGCUUCUGGAAAAUGCAUCCUUUGUACUUGAAGUGCUGCUCACAAAUGUCUUUUGUGCUACAGAAAGGAAGGGUAGGCAGAGGGAGGGGGCAAAGUGCAGAGAGCUGGACCCAGACGCAGGACAAGAUGUGCCGGGCCAGAGAGCCGCUUGUUUAGGGAGAAAAGUGGGGAGUGCAGAGCAGAUGUGUGUUUUCAGUAUUUUUAACCGCUGUGUGAAAAUCAGUGACGUGGUGGCUUUGUACAUUUGUAUAUAGUGAUUUGAGAAAGGGAAAUUUCUAUUAUUUGAACAAAGGGUGAGACUCUUCUGCCUUUCAGGGGUCGUGCUCUUCCCCACUAACUCCAGGCUGAUUUUUCUAGAUUUGUUUUUUUCCAUGCAUCUAUUUCACUCGAAGGUUGAGAAGGGGGGAAAAUGUUAUAAUCAGAUAAAGCUCGUUAUAGAACAGUGUAAUGUAUUACCUCAGUUUUGGACUUAUUUUGUAGAAGUUAAUAACUAGUUGGACGUUUAUCUCAUUAGACUUUAAUGUGUCAAGUCUUGAUUAUAUUUACAUUGAAGCUUUACAUUUUUAAAAACCAGUUUGUAUUUUUCUUGUGGAGAUCUUUGCUCUAAUCUCGCUCCCUCGGGCCAGGCACAAGUCUAGGUGGACACGGAGCAUCUAAUUUUGUGGGAGCUAGAUCAGCCGCCAGAUGAGAUGCAAAACCAAAUACCCCGCCCGCUGAAUAGCUUGCCUCCUGUUUGAAUGCACAGAGCUAGACUGUCUUUUAUUGUAAAUGAGUGUAUUACUACCAGAGAGGCAAAGUCAGCAAUCGUUCGGAGGUGAAAUUAAGACACGUGUCUCAUGAAUGCUCCGGGCACCCCCGGUGGCGUCUGCAGAGCUGGGUCCUGGGGGAGAAAUGAAAGCUCGUUCUGGACGUCAACCAGCAGGUUGAGAGUGAACUGUGAAUUCAAGGUGGGCAGAGUCGUAACUUGGUCUCAUUUGCACUUAGUGCAAAUACUGGUGAUUAAGAGGCCCAGGGUCCUGCCCAUCGUGACGAUAACAGCAUUUUAAAGACUUUGCUAAAGGAAUCGACGUUUGCAGAGCGUCUUUCUGCGUCUGCCCGUGUGUGUCUGGGUCCUGCUGCUGCUCAUGCGUGGUCUCUGUGCCCCUGUGUUAUCCUUUGUCUGUUUCCCUCUCCUCACCCUCCCCCCUUCUCUGGGCUCCUAGCCCCAUCUCGCUCUUAACUGGCAGCAGUAAGACACCACACACAUUUUUCUCCCUUGCGACGUCGGGUAGAGUUGUGUGCCUUGUUC